CGUGGGGGCGGAGCGUGGCCCGGCACCGCCCCUCCGCUCCCGCCCUCCCGGCGCGGCUCCUUUGCGCGCUGCUCCUCUCGCCGCCCGCCCGGACCGCGGACCCUCCUCGGCGGCGCCGGCCUGCGGCCCGGACUUAAUCUCAGCUCCCCAGUUGUUCAUCUGUUCUGAAAGGAAGUAUUCCUGCUGAUAACUCACAGGCAUCCUCAAAUUUUGAUCCAGCUACUCGAGUGGAUCCCAGGAUGCUGCCACGAAAUCUACCUCCUCUCUUCAUUCCUCUCCCUUCUGUGCAGUGUUAUUGCAAAGCUGAGCACCCUAUCUCCAGACUGUCUUGAAAUCCUCUCCAGAAGAGUUUGGUGCAUACUUAACGUGGAGUGAUUUAGGAGUUACUCUAAAUCUGCCACAGAACAUUAAUGAGUGAAUCCGAUUAUUGUCUCAGGUUCUGAAUGCUACAAAUAAGCCCACUUAGAGUUUUUUCUCUUUUGACUGAGGCUUUCACCUGAUCUCCCAUCAGAAAGACUCCAACUUAAUCUGGGCCGAGAGACAUUAAUGGAAUACAGUCAUGUCCACUCAGGACGAGAGGCAGAUCAAUACAGAAUAUGCUGUUUCCUUGUUGGAACAGCUAAAGCUGUUUUACGAGCAGCAGCUGCUGACUGAUAUAGUGUUAAUUGUUGAGAGUACUGAGUUCCCUUGUCAUAAGAUGGUGCUUGCAACAUGCAGCUCUUACUUCAGGGCCAUGUUCAUGAGCGGACUAAGCGAAAGUAAACAGACGCAUGUGAACCUGAGGAAUGUUGACUCUGCUACUUUACGGCUCAUCAUAGCUUACGCCUACACGGGGAAUCUGGCAAUAAAUGACAGCACUGUGGAGCAGCUCUAUGAGACAGCUUGCUUCCUGCAGGUAGAAGAUGUGUUACAGAGAUGCCGAGAAUACUUAAUUAAAAAAAUAAACGCUGAGAACUGUGUUCACUUACUGAGUUUUGCAGACCUCUUCAGCUGUGAGGAGCUGAAGCAGAGUGCUAAGAGGAUGGUGGAGCACAAGUUCACGGCGGUGUAUCGCCAGGACGCCUUCAUGCAGCUGUCUCACGAUCUGCUCAUCGACAUCUUAAGUAGCGACAACUUGAAUGUGGAGAAGGAGGAGACGGUGCGCGAGGCAGCCAUGCUGUGGCUCGAGCACAACCCAGAGUCGCGGUCGCAGUACCUGUCCUCGGUCCUCAGCCAGAUCAGGAUCGACGCCCUCUCGGAGGUGACGCAGAGAGCCUGGUUUCAGGGCCUGCCGCCCAACGAUAAGUCUGUCGUGGUUCAGGGCCUCUAUAAGUCCAUGCCUAAGUUCUUCAAGCCAAGACUCGGCAUGACCAAAGAGGAGAUGGUGAUUUUCAUCGAGGCUGCGUCUGAAAACCCCGGCAGUCUUUACUCAUCGGUUUGUUACAGCCCCCAAGCAGAAAAGGUUUACAAGAUCUGUAGCCCACCUGCCGACUUGCACAAGGUCGGGACCCUCGUAACUCCUGAUAAUGAUAUCUACAUAGCAGGGGGGCAGGUUCCUCUCAAAAACACAAAAACGAAUUACAGUAAAACAAGCAAACUGCAGGCGGCCUUCAGAACUGUGAACUGCUUUUACUGGUUUGACGCCCAGCAGAACAGUUGGUUCCCAAAGACGCCGAUGCUCUUUGUCCGCAUAAAGCCCUCUCUGGUUUGCUGCGAAGGCUAUAUCUAUGCCAUCGGAGGGGACAGCGUGGGUGGGGAGCUCAACCGAAGGACGGUGGAACGGUACGACACAGAGAAAGAUGAGUGGACCCUGGUGAGCCCCUUACCCUGUGCCUGGCAGUGGAGCGCAGCCGUCGCGGUCCAUGAUUGCAUUUACGUGAUGACCCUGAAUCUCAUGUACUGCUACUUCCCAAGGUCAGAUUCGUGGGUGGAAAUGGCCAUGAGGCAAACGAGCCGUUCCUUUGCUUCGGCCGCGGCUUUUGGGGAUCAGAUCUUCUACAUCGGAGGCCUCCACAUCGCCAGCGGCUCCGGCCUGAGACUGCCGACCAGCACGGUCGAUGGGUCUUCGGUCACUGUAGAAGUAUAUGACGUGACCAAGAACGAAUGGAGGAUGGCGGCCAACAUCCCUGCCAAGAGGUACUCGGACCCCUGCGUCAGGGCCCUGGUGAUAUCCAAUUCCUUGUGCGUCUUCAUGCGGGAAACCCACUUGAACGAGAGAGCCAAGUACGCCACCUACCAGUAUGACGCGGAGCUGGAUCGCUGGUCCCUGAGGCAGCACAUAUCCGAGCGCGUGCUGUGGGAUCUGGGUAGAGAUUUCCGGUGCACCGUGGGAAAGCUCUACCCGUCCUGCCUUGAAGAGUCUCCGUGGAAACCACCGACGUGUCUUUUUUCACCUGACGGGGCCGAGGAGUUUGAGCUGGACAGGGACAUGGUUGUCUUGCCUCCUGUGUAGUGGUGGGGCCCCAGGACGUGCGCACUGCUUGUGGCCCGUAGUUACCCUAGAGGGAAGAGAGCUUUAUGAAAGGACUAGAAAGGGGUGUGUUAAAUCCCAUCUUUGAUAAAUUGUAUUUUUAUGCCCUACUCAAUAUUGGCAGCAGUAUAAUAAUACAUAUAUCAGUGAGUCUUACGAAGAGAUAGACUACCAUAAUCCGAAAUAGUUUAUCUAAUAAUUGAGAAACUUUUAUGUAUAUCACAAGAGCCUAAGCUUCUGGAGUAUCUUAUUUUUAGCCCUAUGAACUUACCGUUUGGGACGAGUUUCCUUCAUUAAGGUAGUCGGGUGUUCCUUGCGGGUCACAUCCUGAGUCAUUCUGAGAGACACUUCCCACGUGUGUUCAUCAUUCCUCUGCUUCUCUGUGGAAGGGCUGGAAAAGUGGUUUCUGGGGGUGGUCUCAGAGGUGAGCUUCCACCCCUCUCUCCUGGUCUAGUUGGGCCGUCUCGGUCCCAUCGUAGGUCUCCCUGUUACAAGUGAGCUUCCCCUUGCCUUUGAUAAUGUUCCACAGGGUGUGCAGCCCCUGACUGCAGGACCAGUCUACUGGACCACGAGGGGCAAGUCUUCUGUGCCCACUCACACCUGGCUCUUUGGGGGACAAGUCUUCCGAGCAGCUGGUAGUUGGCUGAUCAGGGGUGAACUUAGGUUGCAGUAGCAAUCACUAGCCCCUCAUAGUGCAGGUCUGUGUGGGGUUUGAAUCAGUCAGGGCCUCCACACCCUCUAUGUUGCAGGAACAUUGGCUCCUGCUUCUGCUGCUGAGGUAGUUUUCCAGUGUAAAACCAAGGUUUAGUGUGGGUUAACCGGGUCUUCUCUUUUUGGCUAAUUGAAUAACAAGCAUUACUGUAGAGUGAUUGUGUACGGCUCUCCCUUAGCUAUCAGGUUGUGGUUUUUUGUUUUUUGUUUUUCUUUUGGGGGUGAUAGGGGUGGGGUCAGGGUCAAGUUUGGGGGGAUGAAGCAUUCAGGAAUCCUCUGCACGAGGUGGGCGGCUGGGCAGAAGCCAAGGGCUGCUCUGGAACUCAUCCCAGGAACCACUAGAAGAGGCGGGGCUUCCCCCCACUCUCCCAGGAGCACAGGUGCUUCAUGACAGACGUUACCAGCAUGUUGAGCUACAUCAUGUUUGGCACUGUAUUUUGACUGGCAUUAAUUUAUUAAAGAAAUUGU